AUGGGGUACACCGCCUACCCGCAGGACGAGGCAAAGCGUCUCGGCUACAACAACCUGAUGUAUCCGAAUGAGCACUUCAGCCCCGAAACGGCGCAGGAACUGUACAGCAUGUACUUCGACGAGCUGCAGUACUGCACCGAGGCUGGGUUCGACGGCGUGAUGAUCAACGAGCAUCACAACAACCCGCUGUGCAUGAUGCCGUCGGUCAACGUCAUUGGUUCCGUGCUGGCCUCCCGCACCAAGCAGGGCAAAAUCGUGUUCCUGGGCAACGUGCUGCCCAUCCACGAAAACCCCCUGCGCAUCGCCGAGGAAAUCGCGAUGAUCGACAUCCUGUCGGGCGGGCGCGUAGUGUGCGGUUUCGUGCGAGGCAUCGGCCAGGAAGCAUGGCCACCAACACCAACCCGCUCUACAACUCGCGAGCGCUUCGACGAAGCCCACAACGUAAUCGUGGAUGCGUGGACCAAGCCCGGUCCCUUCCGGCACGAGGGCAAGCACUACCACUACCGGGUGGUCAACCCCUGGGUGAUGCCGCUGCAGAAGCCUCACCCGCCCAUCUGGAUCCCGGGAGUGGCCUCUCCGGAGUCGGUGAUCUGGGCGGCCAAGCACCAGUAUCCCUAUGUGGCCCUCGCUCCGCCUCUGCAGUUGCUGUCAGACAUCUACCAGCUUUACCAGAACACCGCUGAGGCCGACGGGUGGUCGCCCACGCCGCAGCAUCGCGGCUACGCGGUGCGGGUGAACGUGGCCGACACCGACGAAAAGGCCUACGAGGAAGGCAAGAACUUCUACUGGCAGUUGGGCACGUCCUUCGGCGUCACUCCCAACCACUGGCUGGCACCGCCGGGCUACCUGACCCGUGCGGCCUCCACCGGCCCCCGGGAGCAGGCCCGCCGAGCGGUGCAGACCGCCGUACCCGGCGGCCCGGUGCUGCCCUACGACGACGCCCAGGAGACCUAUCAGAUAGUGACGGGCAACCCGGACACGGUCAUCAAAAAGAUGAAGCACCUGAUCGAUAUUAUUGACCCCGGCUAUGUAAUCUUCUGGGGCCGCGAGGGCCCGAUGUCCCACGACGUUGCGGUUCGCAGCAUCGACCUGAUGACGCAGGAGGUCAUCCCCGCCCUGCGAGAGUACGAGGCACAGCGAGAAGAGUAG